GGCUGUGUCUGCAAAGGCAAGGGCCAGUGCCUCUGCUUGGGGACCAAAGGGGAGAAGGGGGAGAAAGGCUAUCCUGGACCUUCUGGUUUUCCUGGCCAGAAAGGAUUUCCAGGUCCUGAAGGCUUUCCUGGACCACAGGGACCCAAGGGCUCUCCAGGACUUCCAGGACUCACUGGUCCCAAAGGCAUCAGGGGCAUCCCAGGCCACCCUGGGCCUCCUGGGCUGGCUGGUCUACCAGGAUGCAAUGGUUCUAAGGGUGAACAAGGAUUCCCAGGCAUUCCUGGGACACCAGGCUAUUCGGGGUUCCCAGGUCCUACUGGCUUGAAAGGACAAAAGGGUGAGCCUGCUCAAGGAGAAGACAGGGGAUUCAAUGGAAAAGGUGACCCUGGGCCUCCAGGGCCUCCAGGCUUCCAGGGUUUUCCAGGCCCCCCAGGUUUUCCAGGGCCUGUUGGUCCACCAGGUCCUCAGGGAGAUUUUGGUUUUCCUGGUGCUGUGGGACCCAGAGGACCAAAGGGUCAUAUGGGCGAUUACGCCAUAGGACAAAAAGGAGAAAAGGGUGUGGAAGGAUUAACAGGACCUCCUGGGCCACAAGGAACUGUGAUUGUUACACUCCGCCACCCAUACAACAAAUCGGACUUCAAGGGGGAGAAAGGAGAUAAAGGAGAUAUGGGUGAACCUGGACGUCCUGGACCCCCGGGGCCACCUGGAGACUCCUACGGAUCAGAAAAGGGUGUUCCUGGAGAGCCUGGUCCAAGGGGAAAACCUGGAAAAGAUGGUGCUCCUGGCUUCCCCGGCACUGAGGGAGCCAAGGGCAUCAGGGGCUUUCCUGGAUUAAUGGGUGAAUCUGGCAUUAAGGGAUGGAAAGGAGACAUUGGCCCUCCAGGAUUUCCUGGUCCAACAGUAUAUUAUGAUGUGUCGUACCUGGAAAAGGGAGAUCAAGGAAUACCAGGCCCACCUGGGCCCAAAGGUGCCCGUGGCCCACAGGGUCCUAGUGGUCCACCUGGAGUUCCUGGAAGUCCUGGACCAUCAAGGCCUGGCCUCAGGGGACCCCCUGGACAGCCAGGCUUGAAAGGAAGCAAAGGCGAGAGAGGACCCUCUGGAAAAGACACUAUGGGCCCUCCGGGGCCCCUGGGCUGCCCUGGUUCACCAGGUCUGCCAGGCCCACCAGGACCUCCAGGACGUCCAGGUAACAUUGUUUUUCACCCGGGUCCACCUGGUGACCAUGGAGUGCCAGGCAAUAUAGGACCUCCAGGAGACCCAGGAAUGGAUGGGCCCAAAGGAGAACCAGGCCUUCCGUGUACACAGUGCCCUGGCAUCCCAGGGCCCCCUGGUCCCCCUGGAUUUCCAGGAUUGGAUGGUGUCAAAGGAAUCCCAGGAGGACAAGGUGCACCUGGUAUGAAAGGAAACCUGGGGUCCCCCGGAAGUACAGGUCUCCCAGGAUUUGCAGGAUUCCCAGGGGACCAAGGACACCCAGGACUGAAAGGAAGCAAAGGUGAAACACCUUUACCCUGGGGGCAAGUGGGUGACCCAGGUGAUCCUGGGCUCAGAGGCCUACCAGGGAGAAAGGGCUUCGAUGGAACUCCUGGAAGUCCAGGAGCAAAAGGACUGCCAGGACCUAGAGGUGAACUGGCCCUGAGUGGAAGGAAAGGAGACCCAGGACCUCCAGGGGCUCCUGGAUCACCUGGGCCUCCAGGACCUGCAGGAGCAGCUGGACCACCAGGCUAUGGGCCUCAAGGAGAAACAGGUCCGAAGGGAUCACAAGGAGUACCUGGAGCCCCGGGACCACCUGGAGAAGCCGGUUUUAAAGGAGAACCUGGCCCAUCUACACCAGUUCCAGGUCCCCCAGGACCUCCAGGGCCCCCUGGUCAGGCUGGCCGCCGAGGUCUACCUGGUUUGCCUGGACCUGUGGGAAAAUGUGAUCCUGGUCUUCCUGGACCUGAUGGAGAACCAGGACUCCCAGGGGUUGGAUUUCCUGGACCUCCAGGACCUAAGGGAGAUCAAGGUUUCCCAGGAGCAAAAGGGUCACCUGGUUGUCCUGGUUCCCCAGGAAAGCCAGGCCGUCCUGGAGAGCCAGGCCACCCAGGAGCCAAGGGAGAACCAGGAUUAGGCACACCUGGGGAACCAGGAAAACCCGGCUUUCCUGGAGAAAGAGGCAAUUCUGGGGAAAAUGGAGAAAUUGGACUCCCUGGGCUUCCAGGUCUCCCUGGAUCUCCAGGAAAAGAUGGGCUUGAUGGGCCUCCAGGAGACCCAGGACAGCCUGGACCACCUGGAGCAAAAGGGCCCCCAGGAAGCUGCACACAGGGACCCAGGGGCGCCCAAGGACUUCCAGGAUUAAAUGGAUUGAAAGGGCAACCAGGUAGAAGAGGUGAUGCGGGGCCAAAAGGAGACCCUGGCCUCCCAGGCUUAGACAGGUCAGGAGUUCCUGGAGAACCUGGACCACCAGGAAUGCCAGGUCACCCAGGUGAGAUGGGACCACCUGGCCAAAAAGGAUAUCCGGGAACUUCAGGAUCCCCAGGGCCACCAGGCAGGAAAGGAGAGGUUGGGAUGAUGGGCUAUCCUGGAACCACUGGCUGUAAUAUUUUGCUUUUCAUAUUCAUGGAGUACUUUGUGUUAAUUUUUCGCUAG